AUGUAUAACUUGAAGUUGAAAAGUAAACAAAAUAGAAAAACUAUUGUUAUUCCAUUUGAUGAGAUUGAGUCUGACAGUGAAUGGAUAACUAAAGAGGGAUAUAAUGAUGAGGAUGAGCAACCUCAAGGUGAAGGUGAUGAUGGCAAUGUUGAAUUAGUGGGAGAUGUUGGAGGAAGUUCAAAUGAUCUAGUUGUAGAUACUUUCGAUCUAGAUAAUUUAAUUUUGGUGGAACCUAAUGAUGAUGCACAAUUUGAGGAAGACCUUGAUGAUGAUGGAGAUGGUGAUGAAAGUGAUGAUAUUCAUGGAGAUGAUCCUAUUAUAGGAUUGUACAUGGUCACUGAGGACCAGGGAGAUUACACAGACAUGACACUUAAGGACGAGGAAGAAUAUCACGAGUUGCUACGAGACUUGGAGUCGUCAUUCGAGAAGGAGGAUUGA